AUGGAUUCUUCUCAGGAUCACGUCAAAAAGACGUUGGCGAGCGCCUCAAAAAUGGAUUUCAACGAGCGCUUCAAAGCGCUCCACAAACUUCGGCAAAAAGCGCGCAAAGAGAAUCACGAGCAGGUUGGUUUUCAUGAAAAUCAAUGGUUUUUCGCAAACAUCGAUUUUUUCGCCAGGUUGUCGAAGAGGACCGUCGCAGUAAACUGCCGAAGAAUCACGAGGCGAAGAAGGAGAGGGACGGAUGGCAAGUGAAAGAGUUGCAGGACCGAAAAGAGGCCGAGGACAAGGGUCUGGACUUUGAGAGGUAAAAGAUUCACUUUCAUUUUCCUCGAUUUUUAGCUAGAAAAAUCACGUUUCCACCCAAUAUUUGCAAUUUUCAGAGUGCGCGCGCUGGAAUUGUCGGCCGACGUGACCGAAAAGCUGGAGCAGAAGCGGAAGCGAAAGAAGAACCCGGACCAGGGAUUCGCCUCGUACGAAGACAUGACUCUGCGCCAACACACACGCCUCACCGCCGCACUGGACCCCGAUUUGGAGUCGUAUAAGCGGAUGAGAGAGUGCGUGGGCGGAGAGGAGUUCUAUCCGACCGCCGACACGCUCAUCCAUGGUAAGCGGCGGAAAUUUCAGAGAACAUUGUGUUUCUAGCACGUUUUUUGAGCUAAAUCUUAAAUUUUGAAGCCAGCUGACGUUUCCUUUCAGGCAGUCACUAUCCGACGACGGCGGCGAUGGAUCGGCUCGUGAAGGACGUGCACGGACAGGUGAAGCGUCGCGAACAGUACCACAGACGCCGAUUGUACGAUCCGGACGCGCCGAUCGACUAUAUCAACGAGAAGAACAAAAAGUUCAACAAGAAGCUCGACAAGUACUACGGAAAGUACACGGAAGACAUCAAGGACGAUCUGGAGCGUGGAACCGCUAUUUGA